AUGUCUAAAAACAAAGACAUCCAUACAUUCUACAACAUGUUGAUGGAAAAAUAUAAGUUUUAUCAAGAUGCUAUAACACCUUUUAUGCAACUAAGAACAAAAAAUGAAGAAGAAAUUAAACAAAUCUAUCAAAAUUUGAAAACAACUUUCCUUGAUUCAAAUAUUUACUCACCAGUUAAUGUAUACAAUCUAAUAAACAAUAUUUUCCCAUAUAAUAAUCGAUAUUUAACAUCUUACUGGUCAAUUUUCAAAAUGAUUUAUGAAGAUUAUCAUAUAAAACCAGAUUCAUAUUUUGAACCUGUAUUGAAAUAUUUCUUUUAUAAAGAAAAUAAUCUAAAUAUAAGAGCAUAUGAUAAAAAACUUUUUCAAAAAUACGAAAAUGAAAAUUAUUCUCUUGAAGUUCAUGAAGAAAACACAAUUUAUUGGGCAAUCAUGAAAGAUGACCUCCAAUUAUUUAUAUCAUACGCAUUGGAUUCCAAUUUCGAUAAGAAUCAAACAUUAAGAAGUGGUUUAUAUCCUUUGAUUAAUGGUUUUGAACAAUAUUCAUUAUUAGAAAUAUGUUGUUAUCAUGGUGCUGUUAAAGGAUGGGCACUCAUAGGCUCCUGA